AUAUGUUUCAUCUUCUCCAUUCCCAUGCUUGAAGGAGGUAUUUAUGCUUGAAGAAGGAGGGGAUAAAAAUUUGAAGGAAAUAAAGAGAGAAGAAGGUUCUGCCCCGGGUGACGGAGGAAACGAAUGCCAACCUUUUACCAUUGAGGAGAUUAAAGCUGCCUUAUUUUCUAUGGCUCCUGAGAAGUCGCCAGGCCCUGAUGGGUUCGGGGCGGUUGUUCGUGAUCAUCUGGGUGUGUUUGUGGCAGCUAAGAGUGACCGUCUUCGGUGUGUUCGUGAUCCAUUAUUCCAUUCCUUGCGGAGGCGUUGGCAGUCAAGGAAGCUAUGUCAUGGCUUAAGGACCUUGGCUACAAUAAUAUUUUACUUGAAACUGAUUGUUUAAAUUUUUGUUUUGCUUUCAAUUCCCGUACUAUGGAUCUUUUGUAUAUUGGUUCUAUUGUUAAGCAAUGUCGUCUCAUUGCUAGUGACAUUAGGAACAUCUCUGUUCACCAUGUCAAGCGGUCAUCGAAUCACGUAGCUCAUGCUCUUGCAGGGGCGAGUGGCUCUUUGUCUGUCUGGGGUUCCUGGUUUUC